GGCCAGCCGGAGGAAAUGAAACGCAGCAAAGCCUGCCAUGGGCGCCGCCGGCCGCUAGGCGGGGAACGUGGCGCGACGCACGCUUCUCCGCCUCUCUCAGGCGGCGGGGAGUGCGGUGUACGCUUGCGCGGAGGCGCAAAUUACACGUCUCCGCUCAGAGCCGCGCCUGCGCGGCAGAGAGAACUCCCUCUCGCCGAGGGAAGGAGGCGCAAGAACGGCGCAUGCGCGAGGGAAAAAGGAACCAGGGAACUUUGGUUCAAACCGGGAGCGGACACAUCGGAGGGCGCUGCGCGGUGUAUUAUGGCUGUCGGCACGGGUACGUCGUUGGUGCUUUCGUCUCUCCUGUGCCUCCUGCUCUUCACCGGGAUGCAGAUGUACAGCCGCCAGCUGGCAUCCAGCGAGUGGUUGACCAUCCAAGGGGGCCUGCUGGGCUCUGCCCUCUUCAUCUUCUCCCUUACCGCCUUCAACAACCUUGAAAAUUUGAUUUUCGGCAAAGGAUUCCAAGCUAAGAUCUUCCCUGAAAUUAUUACCUGCCUGCUGCUGGCACUAUUUGCUUCAGGGCUGAUUCAUCGGGUCUGCGUCACCACCUGUUUCAUCUUCUCGAUGAUCGCCCUGUACUACAUCAACAAGAUCUCCUCCACGCUGUACCAAUCGACCACACCGGUGCCUGUGGUUGCCAAGACUGUCAGUAAAGGCAGGAAGAGGAAUUGAAGCGGAGGACCAUCCUCAGCGCAGUCGGAACGGCCAAUAAAACAUUUCCUUUUUUAAAAACAAACAAGA